UCCAUCGACGAACCCUUCACCAUCUUCACCAAUAGGGUUCAAAUUCGGCUUCGAAAAACGCCUGAAAGUCGCAUUCUCCGACCACCCAUCUUCAAGGACACCCACAGGGACUUGGUCAGUGUCCGAGCUAGCUCUGACUCGGCCCCAGCUCCAUACACAGGUGACUCAUGUUAGCAACGUUGAGAAGGAAUCACCAUUUUUCAUUUUCAAUUUCAAGCUCCAUAUAAAAACUCAGCUUCUCAAUCCAAUACCCAAUACCCAAUGCCAAAAUGCUCAAAUUUUCACACAAAGCUCCUCACAAACUCAGUCCACAGAGCUCUCCCAACGAGCAGUAGUAAGUUCUCUAUUCCUUCACUUCACUUUCAUUUCUCAGUUCUCACUAUUCCAUCACCAAAAACCCCAGAUGAAACCAAUGCUCAAACUGAGCCCCCAUUAGCUAAUGAGAUUUUCAAGUCAAGUCCCCAUAUGGGUUCUUACAAAUUGGGUGAUUCCACUUUCUAUUCACUUAUUCAUAACUAUGCUGAUUCUGGUGAUUUUAGCUCAUUAGACAAGGUUUUAGAUCGAAUGAAACGGGAAAACCGGAAGUUUAUUGAGAAAAGUUUUGUUGUUAUGUUUAGAGCUUAUGGGAAAGCCCAUUUGCCCGAAAAGGCUGUUGAAUUGUUUGAUAGAAUGGUGGAUGAGUUUCGAUGUAGGAGGACUGUGAUAUCGUUUAAUUCAGUUCUUAAUGUUAUUAUACAAGAAGGGUGUUUUUCUCAGGCAUUGGAGUUUUAUUCGCGUGUUAUGAGUAGUAAGAAUGCUAGUAUUUCGCCAAAUUUGCUCACUUUUAAUCUGGUUAUUAAGGCUUUGUGUAAGUUGGGAUUGGUUGAUAGAGCAGUUGAGAUGUUUAGGGAAAUGCCGGAUAAGAAAUGUACGCCUGAUGUGUUUACAUAUGGUACAUUGAUGGAUGGAUUGUGUAGGGAAAAUAGGAUUGAUGAGGCUGUUUUGCUGUUGGAUGAGAUGCAAAUUGAGGGGUGUAUACCUAGUGCUCCUACGUUUAAUGUUUUGAUCAAUGCUAUGUGCAAGAAGGGUGACUUGGCACGCGCUGCAAAGCUUGUGGAUAAUAUGUUUCUCAAAGGAUGUGUUCCUAAUGAAGUGACCUUUAACACCCUUAUCCAUGGUUUGUGUUUGAAGGGUAAGUUGGAGAAGGCAGUUAGUCUUUUGGAUCGAAUGGUGUCAAGUAAAUGUGUGCCUAAUGAUGUCACAUAUGGCACACUCAUUAAUGGGCUUGUCAGGCAAGGAAGAGCUCUUGAUGGAGCUCGUGUGCUGAUUUCUAUGGAGGAGAGAGGGCAUCACGCAAAUGAGUACGUUUAUUCAGCCCUAGUUAGCGGGUUUUUUAGGGAGGGAAAGAUUGAAGAGGCAAUGAAAUUGUGGAAGGAGAUGAAGGAAAAGGGAUGUAAACCCAAUACUGUUAUUUACAGUGCUCUUAUAGAUGGUCUAUGCCGAGAAGGAAAGCUGGUUGAAGCAAAGGAAGCUCUGUCUGAGAUGGUGAAUGAGGGUUGUGUGCCCAAUGCUUUCACUUAUAGUUCCUUAAUGAAGGGUUUCUUUCAGAUGGGUGAUAGUAAUAGUGCUAUUCAUGUGUGGAAUGAGAUGUCAAACAAUAAUUGUACCCGCAAUGAGGUUUGCUACAGCAUACUAAUUCAUGGCUUGUGUGAGGUUGGGAAGCUUCGUGAGGCAUUGAUGGUGUGGAACCAGAUGCUGGGCAAGGGAUUUAAACCUGAUGUUGUGGCUUACAGUUCAAUAAUUCGUGGCCUUUGCAAUGCUGGCUUGAUAGAGCAGAGUCUGAAACUUUUCAAUGAAAUGCUUUUUCUGGAGGCUAAAUCUCAACCAGAUGUGAUCACUUAUAAUUUAAUUCUCAGUGCUUUGUGCAAGCAGAGUAGCAUCUCCCGUGCCAUUGAUCUUUUAAACAGUAUGCUAGAUCGGGGUUGUGAUCCUGACAUAGUUACAUGUGAUAUUUUCUUGAGAACUUUAAGAGAGAAGGUACACCCACCUCAAGAUGGAAGGGAAUUCUUAGAUGGGCUUGUGGUCCGGCUAUUUAAGCGGCAGAGAGUCGUAGGUGCUUCUAGAAUUGUAGAGGUGAUGUUGCAAAAGUAUUUGCCUCCAAAAGCGUCUACUUGGGAAAAAGUUGUUCAAGAGCUUUGCAAACCUAAGAAAAUUCAAGUUGGCAUUGACAAGUGUUGGAGCAACCUAUACUGCUGAUUUCUUAAGUCUUCAAACCAUAUCAGACUUGAGACUGAAACUAUAUCAGACAAUAAAGUACUAUGCUUGUGACAAACCUGAUGAUUAUUGCUCUCAAGUAAUCUGAAACCGGGAAUCCUAAUCAGACACAUGGAGCAUCCUAAUAUGGAAACAAGUGGGAAGGAGAUCUUAUUAAGGAUUGAGAGACUGAAAGGUAAAGAUGUACAGUGAUCUCA